AGCGAAGUGCAAAAGAGACGAGUCGAAAGAACGCAGAAAAAAAGAUCUUCGCAACAUCUCGACGAGAUCAUAAAAACGAUUUCGACAUUCCAAAACAGUGAUUUUUCGUGGCUAAACCAAUCGGAAGAAACUUUUUGUGGUGCAAGUGGCUGUUAAAUCUUGUCGACGACAUUGUUCAGUGGGCGGUGGAAUCGAGCGAGAAGAAAAAAAGAUGUUGGCCGACUGGAUUAAGUAAUUUUUUUCCGCCCCUGGCUGAAGUGGAAGAAGAGUGGAAUAUUACCUACCCCAGUAGUGGCUGCUGCUUGAUAGACUUGCCACCAGCUUGUGGAGGACACCGACAUUAGAGCUUGCAUAAUAAGCAUCAGUGCACGAGUGUCAACACACAGCGCCAUCAGUAGUGGAAGAAGUGCAAGUGCGUGUGCUAGCAGUCAAGGACGACGAUGCCACUGGACAGCAGCGUAGUGGGUGGUGGGGGAGGUUCCGACAGAGGGAAGCAGAUUUCCUCGUCGUCGGGGGCAUGUGUGUGCGGUGGGGUGGGACCGGGUCCGGUCGGUUCGGCUACGAGUGUCACCGGAGCUUCGGUGGGCGUAGGCGUUGUUGGUGCUGGUUCCGGUGGGAAGCAAUUGUCGGCAAAGAAAUCUCUUAAGCUGUCCAGUCUGGCGGAUGAUAUGAUUGGACCGCCUUCGGCCACUGGAAGCCACCAGGAGGAAUCGUUCCGGGUGCGGUUGCACCAUCUGUUUGCUCAGAUCGAGAGGGAGUUCGACUUGCUGCAUGCGGAGAACUUGAGCUUGCAGGAAAAGCUGGACACCGUUGCCGGAACGCCGCGUGACUCCACGAUCGGUGACCGUUUGCUCCCCCUCCAGGACUCGUACGAAGCGGAUGGCUCGGUGACCAAGAGCUUCAAAUCCAAGCUUGGCAGUGCCGGCAGCAAGGUCAAAGCCAGUCACAAGAUCCGGGCGCAAACCAGUCGGAUUGUGUCCAGCUUCAAGGCCCAAUCGGUGGUUAGUUCGUUGGUGAGGGAGUUCUGCGGCCAUAAGGAUGGGGUAUGGCAGGUCAGCACCAAGGCCGGUCAACCGAUCAUCGGAACGGCUUCGGCCGACCACAGUGCGUGCAUCUGGGGGAUCGACACGGGUCGGUGCCUGCUGCAGUAUCAGGGCCAUAGUGGAUCGGUUAACUCGAUCAAGUUUCAUCAGACUCGCGAUUUGGUACUUACCGGAAGUGGGGACGCCACGGCACAUAUCUGGCAGGCGGCUGUCAACUGGGAGAUUCCCUCGAGGAAGGGGCACUCGUCGGAGGAGGAGCUGGACGAUGAGGAGGAACCGUACGAGGAGAAGGAGCGGAUCGAUGUCCUGCGGACACCGAUUUGCGAGUUUUCUGGGCCCGGAGGGCAUACAUCGGUCGUUGUGGCAGCCGAUUGGCUUCCUGGAGGGGAUCAAUUGAUAACGGCCAGCUGGGAUCGGACCGCUAUUCUGUGGGAUGUGGAGACGCGGGAACCGCUUCAGCCAUUAUGUGGUCACGAUCACGAACUGACGCAUGCUUCGGCUCAUCAAAGUCAGCGCUUGGUGGUGACGGCUUCGCGGGACUCGACCUUCCGUUUAUGGGAUUUCCGGGAUCCGAUACCGGCCGUGUCGGUGUUCCAGGGACACACAGAGAGCGUAACAUCCACCGUAUUCACCCGCGACGACAAAGUGGUCUCCGGGUCCGAUGACCGUUCGGUCAAGGUGUGGGAGCUGCGCAACAUGCGCUCGGCUCUGACCACCAUCCGGACGGAUUCGGCCGUCAAUCGGUUGGCCGUGUCGGCAGGGGGAGUGAUUGCCAUACCGCACGACAAUCGCCACAUCCGGUUGUUCGAUCUGAAUGGGCAGCGGAUCGCUCGGUUGCCUCGAACGAGCCGGCAGGGCCACCGCCGGAUGGUGUCGUCGGUGGCCUGGACCGAGGACACCAGCUCGUCGGUGUGCAAUCUGUUCUCGUGCGGGUUCGACCGCCGGGUGCUCGGUUGGGCCGUCUGCUUACCACCGAAGGACAACUGAAUUCUCGCGGGGAGAGGUAAUCCUAAUUCCUUGAAGCUUUAGGAAGGGGCACGGUAAAUUGAAAGCGCAGAUAUGUAAGCUUUAUAUAUAUGUGUGUGUGAAUGUAUUAUAGUAGACGUUCGAAAUGAGA